AUGUGUGGUAUUUUUGCAUCAUUCAGAAACGAAGAUGUGCUUUCUUACAAGCCUAAGGCUUUACAGCUGUCCAAGAGAAUAAGACACCGUGGUCCUGAUUGGUCUGGUAAUAUUACUAAAAACUCCACGAUUCUAGUUCAUGAAAGGUUGGCUAUUGUCGGUCUAGAUACCGGUGCGCAACCAAUCACAAGUCCAUGUGGUGACUACAUUCUAUGUGUCAACGGUGAAAUUUACAACCAUAUUCAAUUGAGAGAGAAAACACCUGAAUAUGGUUACAAGACAUUGAGUGACUGUGAACCUAUUAUUCCAAUGUAUCUGAAACACGACAUUGAAGCACCAGACCAUCUGGAUGGUAUGUUUGCAUUCUGUUUAUAUGAUGCUAAGCAAGAUCGUAUUGUUGCCGCUAGAGAUCCAAUUGGUGUUGUUACAAUGUAUAUGGGUCGUUCAUCGAAGUCUCCAAAGACUGUGUACUUUGCAUCUGAGUUGAAAUGUUUAACUGAUGACUGUGAUAACAUUAUCGCAUUCCCACCAGGACACAUAUAUGAUUCGAAGACCGACAAGAUCACAAGAUAUUUCAACCCAGACUGGUUAGACGAAGACCGUAUUCCAUCUACGCCACUUGAUUUGAAACAGGUUAGAUAUUCUCUAGAGAGGGCUGUUAGAAAGAGAUUGAUGGCUGAAGUUCCUUACGGUGUAUUGCUUUCCGGUGGUUUAGAUUCCUCUUUGAUCGCAUCUAUUGCUGCACGUGAGACUGAGAAGGCAAACAAAGAAAUGAGCCCAUCUCAGUACGACUCUGAAGAGAGCCAUUUAGCAGGUAUUGAUAAAGAUGGUAACCUACACAGCGCAGGAUGGUCUAGACUACACUCUUUUGCCAUUGGUUUACCAGACGCACCAGAUUUGAAAGCUGCUAAGAAAGUUGCUAAAUUUAUCGGAUCCAUUCAUCAUGAACAUACUUUUACUUUAGAAGAAGGACUAGAUGCCCUUGAUGAUGUUAUCUAUCAUUUGGAAACAUACGAUGUUACUACAAUUAGAGCUUCGACACCAAUGUUCUUGUUGUCAAGAAAAAUCAAAGCACAGGGUGUCAAGAUGGUUCUUUCUGGUGAAGGUUCUGACGAAAUUUUUGGUGGUUACUUGUAUUUCGCUCAGGCACCAAGCGCAUCAGAGUUCCACACAGAAUGUGUUAAGCGUGUUAAAAACCUACAUCUUGCCGAUUGUUUAAGAGCUAACAAAUCCACACUAGCUUGGGGUUUAGAGGCUCGUGUUCCAUUCUUGGACAGAGAAUUCCUACAACUUUGUAUGAACAUCGAUCCAAAAGAAAAACUAAUUAACCAAAAGGAAGGUCGUAUUGAAAAAUACAUUUUGAGAAAAGCUUUCGAUACAACUGAUGAGCCGGAUGUCCAACCAUAUUUGCCAGAAGAGAUCUUAUGGAGACAAAAGGAGCAAUUCUCUGAUGGUGUCGGUUACUCAUGGAUUGACGGUUUGAAGGAUACCGCUGACAGAGUUGUGUCCGAUGAAAUGUUCGCUGCGCCAAAGAGCUCUUGGGGAGAUGAUAUUCCAACCACCAAAGAAGCUUACUGGUACAGAUUGAAAUUUGAUGCCUUGUUCCCACAAAAGACUGUUGCUGACACCGUCAUGAGAUGGAUUCCAAAGGCUGACUGGGGCUGUGCCGAAGAUCCUUCCGGUAGAUUUGCCAAGAUUCAUGAGCAACAUGUUGAUAACUGA